CUCGCUGCCCUCGUUGGUAUCAUGUUGAUAUCAUGACCUCUUGGUGACCCCGUGGUGGCCAUGUUGGCAUGGUGACCUCACAGUGACCUCGUGGUGCCUGCCGUCGGCCAUGUCGUCGUCGUCGUCGAGCCCGGAGCCGCCAUCACCAUCCAGCUCUCGCCCCCCUGGCAGCAGCGCCAGCCCCUCCCCCUCGGCUGAGGCCCCGCCCCCUCCUGCAGGCCCCGCCCUCCGCGGGGGGGACCCCGGCCCUCCCCGAGACCUCGCGCUCUUUGAGGAGGAGCUGGCCACGCGCCCCCGCGUUCCGGCCGUGCUGCGCCGCAUGGCGCCCUACAGCGCCCUGAGCCCCGGCAGCGACCGCGGCCCCGGCCGAGCGUCGGGUGCGCUGCGGGCGGUGGCGCUGCCGGCGCUGCAGACGCCGCUGGGAUUGGUGCUGGUGCUGCGGCUGCCGUGGGUGGUGGGAACGGGGGGGCUGCUGCAGGCGGGGGCCAUCGCCCUGCUGCUGGGCGCCUGCACCGCGCUGACCUCAGUGUCGCUGAGUGCUGUGGCCACCAACGGCCCCGACCCUGGGGGAUGCCCUCUGUCGCUGCUGUCGGGGGCGCUGGGCCCCGAGGCCGGGGGCGCCGUGGGGCUCUGCGCCUUCCUGAGCGCCGCCUUCGCCGCCGCCACCGCCGCCCUGGGUGCCGCCGAGCUGCUCAUGGUGUGCGUGGGGCCCCGAGGCGCGGUGCAGCCGGGCCGUGGGCGCUGGUGGCGGCUCAACGCCGGGCGCGGGCUCGGGGCGGCGGUGCUGGCCCUGCUGGCCCUGGCGGCCGCUUGCCCCCACGCUGAGCCCGUGGCCGCCCCGGCUAGCCCGGCUGGGCUAACGCUAGCCCUCCUGGGGCUAGCAGCUGGCGCCGUGCGGAACGCCUUCGCCCAGCCACGCGUGUUAAUUAGGUGUUUGGCUACUGUCCCCGCAGGCUCCUGCUUGCCCAGCGGACCCGGUGGCCACCUGGAGCCCUGUGUGGGCAACGGAUCGCAGCGGAACAGGCCGGCCUUCCCCGGGCCCAGCGCACACCUGCUGCAGCAGAACCUGUGGCCCCGCCCCCCCGAGGAGGAGGACGAGGAUUGGUCCUUUGGGGCCCUCGUGGGGCUGAGCCUCCUGAGCGCCGCGGGGCCGCUGUGGGGCUGUGGGCGUUGGGGGGCCCUCGGGGACGCCCCCCGAUCAGUGGCCGCCGGGAGCCUCGGAGCCGCCGCCACCACCACCGGCGCCUUCGCGCUGGCGGCGCUGGCGCUGGGGGGCAGCGUGGAGGGGCGGCUGCUGCGCGCCAGGUGGUCGCGGGGCCCGUGGGGCGCGUGGUGGCCGGGGCCGUGGGUGCCGGCGCUGUCGGGGCUGACGUCGGGGGCGGCCGUGGGGCUGACGGCGCUGGCGGGGGGCGCGCGGCUGCUGCGGGGGCUGGCGAGGAGCCGCGCCCUGCCCCUGCCCCACGCCCUGGGCUCGGGACGCCUUUGGCCGCUGGCGGCCACAUCGGCGAUGGCGGCGCUCGGCGUCCUCCUCGGCUCUUUGGACCUGGUGGCGCCCGUCCUGUCGGUGUUCUGCCUCACCUCCUACCUGGGUCUGAACUUGGCCUGCGCCCUGCAGGGGCUCCUGCCCACGCCGGGAUGGGCCCCGCGCUGCCGCCUCUACCACUGGGCGCUGUCGCUGGCGGGGGCCGCGCUGUGCCUGGCGCUGGCGCCGCUGCCGUGCUGGCCCUGCGCCCUCCUCGCCCUCGGCAUCGGCGCCACCGCCUACAAAUACCUCGAGUACCGCGGGGCGCAGAGCGAGUGGGGCGAGGGCCUGCGCGGGCUCUUCCUCAGCGCCGCCCGCUUCGCCCUCCUGCGCCUGGAGGACGGCGAACCGCCCGCGCCCUCCUGGAGGCCGCAGCUGCUGGUGCUGGUGAAGCUGGACGCUGUGCUGCGCCCCACGCAGCCCCAGUUGCUGGCGCUGGCCGCCCAGUUACAAACUGGGAAGGGGCUGACGGUACUGGGAUCGGUGCUGCCCGGUGAGCUGCCCGGCGACCUGCCCCGCGCCCGCCACGCCGAGACGGCCCUGCGGGAGGCGCUGGCGGCCGAGGGCGCCCGUGGCUUUGUGCAGGUGCUGGUGGGGCCGGGGGGUGCCCGGGGGUUCCCCAAAGAGUUGGGGUCCCUGGUGCAGGGCUGCGGGCUCGGGGCGCUGCGCCCCAACGCCGUCCUACUGGGCUGGCCCCGACGGGAGCCCCCCCACGCCCGGGCCUUUGUCGAGCUGCUGCGGGUGUCGGGGGCCGGCGGGCGAGCCGUGCUGGUGGCCAAGGGGCCGCUGGAACUGGGGGUGCAGGGGGGCACCCUGGACGUCUGGUGGGUGGUGGGCGACGGGCGGCUGCUCACCCUAUUGCCUCUGCUGCUGCGGCGACACCCGUCGUGGCGCGGCAGCCGGGUUCGUCUCUUCGCGGUGGCGUCGCUGCGCGAGAACAGCCUGGGGCUGCGGCGGCUGCUGGAGGCCGAGGCGCGGCGCAGGGGGCUGCAGGCGCAGGCGCACGUCGUCGAGCUGGAUGACAGCGACGUCUCAGCCGAUGCCUACGAGCGAACGCUGAUGAUGGAGCAGCGCGCCCAGAUGCUGCGGCAGAUGCAGCUGGCCAGGGCGGCCCAGGGAGGGCCCCCCCCUUCGGUGGCCCCGAGCGCGGCCGAAGAGGAGGAUGAGGAGGAGGAAGGGCCCCUCCGGGGUCCCAGUCUGGGCAACGUGCGGCGCAUGCACGCGGCGCAGCGGCUGAACGCGGCCGUGGGGCAGCACUCGGGGGGGGCACGACUGGUGCUGCUCGACCUCCCCCCCCCCCCCCCGCGGCGGCGGCCAGAGUCCUACCUGGAGUUCCUGGAGGUGCUGACGGAGGGCCUGGGGCCGGUGCUGCUGGUGCGGGGGGGGGACGACACCAGUAUGGACCAGUAUGGACCAGUACAGACCAGUACCACACCCGUAUGAGCCCCGCUCGUCAAGGCCUGGCCCAGUAUGGACCAGUACAGACCAGUACAGACCAGUAUGACACCAGUCUGAGCCCUGGCUCUUCAAGGACAAGCCCGGUAUGGACUCUGGCACUCCCAGUAUGGACCAGUACAGACCAGUAUGACACCAGUACAAGCCCUGGCUCUUCAAGGAACGGCCCAGUAUGGACCCAGUGCUCCCAGUAUAGCCCAGUAUGAUCCCAGUAUGGGCUGCUGCCCUCCCAGUAUAGCACCAGUGCUUCCAGUACGCCGCCAGCCUGAGCCCAGUGCUCCCAGUAUCUCCCAGUAUAGCACCAGUGCUCCCAGUAUAGCUCCAGUCUGAGCCCAAGCUCUUCAAAGACGAUCCCAGUAUGGACCCCAGCACUCCCAGUAUGGACCAGUACAAACCAGUACACUACCAGUCCGAGCCCCGUCUCUUCAAUCAUCAUCCCAGUAUGGGCCCCUGCGCUCCCAGUAUAAUACCAGUGCUCCCAGUCUGGCUCCCAGUGCUCCCAGUUUGGCUCCCAGUACAGCCCUGGCUCUCCCAGUGCUCCCAGUUUGGCUCCCAGUACAGCCCUGGGUCUCCCAGUGCUCCCAGUUUGGCUCCCAGU